UUUUGACAUUAACGUGGCAUUUUACGAUAAUACCCAUCAAAUGUAUGAAGAAAUAUAAAACUGGAUCCUUUUGAAAGCAAUGGGCAUAUACAUGACUCCAGAUGAUAAAUUUCGAUGUUCGCACAUGGCUUAACUAUCUUGAUAGGAUUGCUUGCCGUAAUAGGACAAAUAGAUUUAGCUUUAGACGGUAGUUCUAGUAAGUUACAUUACAAUAAAUUAUCCGAUUUCGACGACAUAGUGGAAACAGAAAACAAAAAACUCAGAUCGAUCCCUGGCUCAGUCAUAGGGAUAUACAGUCUAGAUCAUCGGGUGGAGCAGGGUUGAAUUCUAUGAAUGAUAGGUCGCAGAACGAUGCAGGCAAAAUCUCAGGACGUUUCACAUUCGAAAAGCCCGUCCAAUAUAUAGCUGAAAAUUCUGCGGACGAAUCUGGCUACUACCACGUGGAAUCACGGAGAACAGAAAUUACCAAACCCAAGAUAUUCAAUCGCAGCAAAGAUACUCUAUCCCAGGUAGAACAUUUUACUUGUAAACAUGCUUCUACUAUUGGAGAACCUGAAUAUAAUCCAGAAAUCUGCAUUUCAGAAAAUACUGGGAAAUCGUCAACACAACCCGUUGGAGCACCAUCGUUAUCGGAAGAUGCAGACCUCGAAGACGCCUGCAAUGCAAUCAACCAGAUCCUCAGAAAUCCUCUUGUGGAUCGGCUAUUAAUGAACACGAUAUAUAAACCUCCAGAUCCUGCAAAUCUCUCAGAUAAGUGGAACACGUUUGUCUUCAUAGUGAGGAAGUUAGAACCGAAUACACCACAAGGGAUUUUGGAACAUCCAAAUGCCAAAGACUGCGUAAAAAUGUACGUCAGGAAAAGACGAAGAAAGCGACACUCUACUGCCACACUGCUGAAGAGGAAACAAAAAAUGAUAAAGCGGUUGCAACGGAGGGACACUAUCGACAAAAUGCAAGAAGAUGACCUGUUCAAAGACAUAGCAAAGUUUUUAGUUUCCAACAAGUUGAAACACAAAGGUUAUACUUACGUACCGGUCAUGUUUUCUCACCAAGUUAACGACGGAUUAGCAGGCUAUACAGUUCGUGAUUUGAACGGAGAUCUCAACGUGAAAUUGACUGAGGCGUCUACUAUGCCUUUUUCGGCUAGUAAGAGCGCGACAGCGAUAAGUAGUACGACGACAGCUACAACAGCUUCCUCAGCAACGUCAGCUUCAACGCCUCUUUGGACGGUACCGCCACCAAGCAGCACCGACUAUAACGAGUUCGCUUUGAACUUGCCCAAUCCUGUUACACAUCUGAACCUGAACGAGGACAAGAUGGCAACGGAAAGUGUCGCUAUCCACGCUGGAGGUAGCAUGGUCCCUGGAAUACUCAUAUACCCGAUUGGAAAGAAGCUGAAAAGGUUCCAUAAUGACAAAACUGAUCUGGACUUUGCAGCGGAUAAUGCCGUCACUGAACUGGAGGUUGGGCUGGAUCAGUCAACUAAAGCAUCUAUAGAGUUCGUACCAACGUAUACUUUACCAGUAUUGAAAAGAGGAGUACCCCCGGAAUGCGCUGAAGAUACCGAAAAGCUGUUGCAGCUCUUGGCAACGGCCAAUGAUAAGGAUAGUCCACCACGAAGAGCGAUACCGGGUGUUUUAGUCUAUCCCUUGGCGAAAAUAAAAAGAUUCGUUUCAGGAAGUACAACAGUAUCAGACUCUUCAGAUGCUCAGCCGACGUUUUAUGCUUUAGACCGAAAUAUAUUAAGGGAACGAGCACCAAAAAUCCUAAAGAAAGAGGUACCUCCCGAAUGCCUGAAAGACACCGACCAGCUACUGAACAUGCUAGCAAACGCCAUAGAUGAAAACUUGACAUCCACCUCAACAGACGAAGAAUCUACCGAAUCCAGCGAAAAAACUACAGAACCGGAAAACACGACAGGAGAACAGGAAGGUUCCACGUCGAACGAUGUAGGUACCAGCUCUGAAAUGUUUGAUCUGAAAGACUUGAAUAUCAAUUUGGAAAGCGGGGGUGGAUUAUCAGGUGGUGAGAUUGCACCACUUGGAGGACUUGGAGGUGAUACUCUAGGCGGAGCAGGCAUAGGUUUACCAAUCGGUGAAACAUCAGGUGAAUUUGGGCAACCAUCAGAAGCAACACGGAGCUAUGCAGAAAUAACUGAAAACAACUUUGAACUCUACGAAUCUGUGAAAGGCUCAGAAAAUCUGCUCAUCUCCACUAGAAAUUCAUUCAAUCUUGGCACGAUUGGUGUUGGAGAACCACAAAUACAAGCCGCCAACAUGGAGGGAGGACUAGCGUCUUUUUCUCUAAGUUCCAAUGACCAAUCAACGAGUUCAUCUGACGUCCCUGUGGCUAGUUCUGCGGAACUCAGCACUGAGGCGAAGCCUUCGCAAAUUACCAACAGCGCUAGAAGUAGCGCCACGACUCAGGAAACAGAAUGUGUCACUGUUAUGGCUUCAACUACUGCUGAGUCUGGUACCUCUUCUUCUUAUCUCGCUGCUACAACAGCACUGGGCAGUAACAAAGAUGACCACGUAGGAAAGAACAUGACAAACGCAAGGCUUAAGCGCCUAGAAAAGGAUCUGAAGUUGGUGAAUGAAGUCGAAAAGAUUUUGAAGGGAACAACUGGUCCCAGACAUAAGAUUCGCAAGAGAGAGCUAGGUUCUAUAGAUAUAGACGAUACGUCUGUUGAAGAAACUGAAGCACCCCUUUUAGAAAUAACGAUUACUAUAAAUACUGAAAAACCGCAAUGUCCAGAAGCAGUUUUAGACAAACCAACUAAAACGGUUAGAGAGAUUAACCAUCAGAUGUUGAGGGGUCUCGGGAAACUGCUGAAAUGGAAGAACUCGCAUAACAGCAAGAGUCCUUCCAGGCCAAAAAGGAGCCGCAUAAGGAUGAAACGUAAACGGCGAAAGAAAAAGCAUAGACACAAACCACCACAUGAAAAUAGGAAGAAAGAUCAUUUAUAAAAGGAACAAUGGGAAAAAGGAACCGUUUUUUAGUGGAGCGCCAUCAAAAUUUCUUGUAGAGCGGGAAAAACUAUUUCAAGGACUAGCAGGAAGCACAUAUCAAAAAGAAAAACAUAUGUCUAAUAGCAUUAACCAUAAAAGCAAGAUAUUACAUAAGCGCCGAGCUAACUUUUGGGCUAAUAAAGAAAAUAAUAGUGAUCUGGAGGCUCUAAAGAGAUCUAUUAGUAGUAAUUGGAAAUAUCCAUUGAUCAAACGAGGUAGAGGUAGGUUCAGUUCGUCCUUUCACUUUUAUAAGUAUUGUUCAAGACCGAAUGA